AUGUCCUUGGACGACAUUAAGAUGAGUUCUACGGACUUCCUGGAGCAGGCAGACCUGGACAGUGGGGGCUUCGGGAAGGUGUGUCUGUGUUUACACAGAUCCCACGGACUCGUGAUCCUGAAGAAGGUGUACACGGGCCCCAAGCGCACCGAGUACAACGAGGCCCUCCUGGAGGAGGGCAGGAUGAUGCACCGGCUGCGGCACCGCCGCGUGGUCAAGCUGCUGGGCGUUAUCAUGGAGGAGGGCAGCUACUCGCUGGUGAUGGAGUACAUGGAGCAGGGCGACCUCAUGCGUGUGCUCAAGGCCCAGAUCAGCAUCCCCCUGUCCGUGAAAGGGAGAAUCAUCAUGGAGACCAUCGAAGGGAUGCGCUACUUACACGGAGAAGGGGUGAUUCACAAGGACCUCAAGCCGGAAAAUAUCCUCGUUGACAGUGACUUCCACAUCAAGAUAGCUGACCUCGGCGUCGCUUCCUUCAAGACGUGGAGCAAGCUGACGAAGGAGGAGCGCAACGAGCAGAGGCAGGCGGGCGGCGGCGCCGGGAAGGGCGGCACGCUGCACUACAUGGCCCCCGAGCACCUGAACGACGUCAACUCCAGGCCCUCCGAGAAGUCCGACGUCUUCAGCUUCGCCAUCGUGCUCUGGGCCAUCUUCGCCAACAAGGAGCCAUACGAGAAUGCCAUCUGUGAGCAGCAGCUGAUACUGUGCAUCAAGUCUGGGAACAGGCCGGACGUGGAGGACAUCAUAGAGUUCUGCCCGCGGGAGGUCAUCGACAUCAUGAGGCAGUGCUGGGAGGUGAACCCGGACAACCGACCCACGUUUGCGGGCAUUGAAGAAAAAUUUAGGCCUUUUUAUUCAAGUAAAUUAGAAGAACAUGUAGAAGAGGAUGUGAAGAGUUUAAAGAAAGAGUUUCCAAGCCAAAAUGAAAUUGUAAAGAGAAUGAAGUCUCUCCAAAUUGACUGUGUGGCAAUAGCUCCAAGCAGGUCAAAUUCAGCCACAGAACAGCCCGGCUCUCUGCACAGCUCGCAGGGCUUCGGGAUAGGCCCCGUGGAGGAGUCCUGGUUCGCCCCCGCCCCAGAUCACCAGCCGGAGGAGGACGACCUCCUGCUGCACAGUAAACUCCAGGAGGAGGCCAACUACCACCUCUACGGCAGCCGCAUGGACAGGCGGACGAAAGAGCAGCCCGGACCGAGCGCGGCUUACAGCAGCGAGGAGAGGCGGCGCAGGGUCUCCCACGACCCUUUCGCACAGCAGAGACCUUAUGAGAGCGCUCAGGGCCCAGGGAUAAAAGGCCUCACCUACCCCAGUGUGACGAAUCUCACCAGUACAGCCCAGCAGCCCGCAGGGCUGAGCGGCCAACCCCAGUCACCAUACUGCAGAGACGGAUCAUUUCGUGCGCUUGAGCUUAGAGUGAGACCACUGGACCUAAGGACCACGAGUCCACCAGUUUGGUAUGGGCCAAACCCAGGCCACAUGCCAAGCCUAUAUAAAACUCCGGUGCCUGAGACCAACUUCCUGGGGAACACGCCCACCAUUCCAUUCACCUCUUUGCCAUCAAGAGAUGAGUCUGCAAAGUAUACCAUCUACAACAGUUCUGGCAUUCAGAUUGGUGACAGCAAUUACAUGGAGAUUGGUGGCAUGAGUUCAUCGGUACUGGACAGCACGUACAUGCCCUUGAAAGAAGAGCCGGCUUCUAAGUACCAAGCUAUCUUUGAUAAUACCACUAGUCUGACUGAUAAACACCUGGACCCGGUCAGGGAGAAUCUGGGGAAACAUUGGAAAAACUGUGCCCGUAAGCUGGGUUUCUCCGAGUCUCAGAUCGAUGAAAUCGACCACGACUACGAGCGAGAUGGACUCAAAGAGAAGGUUUACCAGAUGCUCCAAAAGUGGCUGAUGCGCGAAGGCAGCAAGGGAGCCACAGUGGGGAAGCUGGCCUUUGCACUCUACCUGUGCUCCCGGAUAGACCUGGUCAACUGCUUGAUCCGCAUCAGCCAGAACUAA